AGAGAGUCGUGCAUUGGGUCUAACUAAAUUUAUAAUUACUGGAAUUUGUCGAAAUAUUAGUAUCGGAAAAUCGCAGUGCAGUGACUUAAUGCAAGUGCAUUCUUUCGAAAUAUAUCAGAAUUUGAUAAGAACUGCAUAAAGCACUCAUAGAUAAGAGUUUAACUAGUGUUAGUGUGGUAAAGGCUGCCGAAGUCGGUGGGUAAUCACGGAACAUAAUCGAACCUAGUUAAAUAAGCAGGAGUGCGAAGUAUCAGACCCUUUGCAGUGGAGGGUAGGGAGUUGACGCUGUUGGUCCCUCGCACACGCAUACACACGACAUGAAGCUGUGGUGGUGCUUGCUGCUGCUGGCGGCGCAGGCGCAGGCCAGAGAUGUCACCGACGAGGAGUACGCGCAGUUCCCGCGGCUGUUCCACCUGGACGAGUGGGAGUCAUGCCUGGCGCGACCUGGUGGGAUGUACUGCCUCGGCACCUUCAGCGUGGAGCCGCUCCGGCACCCCAGUCCGCUCUACAAUAUGCUCCAGGAGUACUCGCUGGACCCUCACCACUUUAACCGCACGGAGUUACACCGCGGCUACUGCGUGAGCUCGCGCUGCCCCGCGCUGGCCGGCGAGCGCAACGCUUCCCUGCGCUUCGAGCAGUGCGCGGCGCAGUGGGCGCGGCGCGUGUCACUGCGCACGCGGCUCGCGCGACUGCGCUACUGCCGCUCGCACGCGCAGCACGUGGCGCGCGCGCACUCGCACGAGCCGCCGCAGAGAGCGCAGAGAAUGUUCCUGUUGGCAGUCACUGCUAUACUUGUUUGCAAUAUUCUGGGGACUGCGUAUGAUGUGUUCACGGGAGACAAUGUGAAGAAGAAUCCAUUGUUAGCGUCGUGGUCGAUCCGCAGCAACUGGCGACGCCUGACCGCGUCCUACGAAGACGGAGACCCACGCCUCGCCGCUCUCUCGCCCGUGCAGGGGGUCAGAGUGUUUCUGAUGCUGCUCAUCAUGGCGACGCACAGCGGCUGUAUCCACGACAUGUUGUACCUGUACAAUCCCAGGUGGAUCGAAGAGAUCUCCCGUCACCCGGUGCUUAUGAUCUUCCUGAACGGCACGUCGGUGGUGCAGGUAUUCGUGCUGCUGUCCAACUUCCUCCUCGCGUACAACCUGCUGCUGCACUCCAAGGAGAACUGCGUCUCCUUCAAGCUGCUGCCAUACAUCACUGUUAAGAGGAUAGCCAGGAUCUCCCCAGUGUACUUGCUGGUAGUGGGCUUCGCAGCCACCUGGUGGCCGAGCCUCGGCUCCGGGCCGCAGUGGACAGCAGCCGUGGCCGCCGAGAGUGACGCCUGCAAGCGCAAGUUCUGGACGCAUGCUGUCUAUCUCAACAACCUGAUCGAUCCUGAGGACCUCUGUCUGGUGCAGACCUGGUUCCUGGCAGUGGACAUGCAGCUAUACGUGCUGGCGUCGGUGCUUACAGUGCUGCUGGUGCGGCAGCGAGCGCGCGCGCUGCACGUGCUGGGCGCGCUGGCGUGCCUCUCCUGCGCGCUCAACGGCGUGCUCGCCUAUGUCUUCAACUGGAAGUCUAUCGUCUACUUCGCUUAUCCGAGUAACCUGCGCACGAUGUACGCGGGUAUCUCGUCGUUCAGCUGGCUGUACCAGGCGCCGUGGGGCAGCCUGCCCGCCUGCCUCGUCGGGCUGUUCCUCGCCUUCCUGCACUUCGAGCUGCAAGAGGCGGGAGUCAAGCUUAGUGAUUAUAAAUGGGUGCGCCUCCCCUACCACAUGUCCCCUGCCCUGAUCAUGUGGUGGGUGCUAUCAGGCGACACGGUGCGCACUCACUCCGCGCCCUGGUUCACUGCGACGUACACCGCGCUGGAGAGACCUGUCCUCAGCCUGCUGGCGGGAGGGAUCGUCUUCGGGAUGGUUAAUGGACUUGAAGGUUGGCUGAAGCAGGUAUUCUCGUGGCGCGGCUGGUCGGCGCUGGGGCGGCUAUCGCUGUCGGUGCUGCUGCUGCACUGGUGCAUCAACCUCAGCAUCGCGGCCUCCAGGCCGCAGCCCGUCUAUAGCUCGCUACUCAGUGUGGUGGUGGACUGGCUGGCGACGAGCUGCCUCUCGUACGCGGCAGCAGUGCCUCUGACGCUGCUGCUGGAGAUGCCGGCGCUCCGGACCCUCAACUCUCUGCUGCUGCUCAAGUACAAGCAAGCGUAGCUCACCAGCUGAUCGGAAACAACAAAGGCGGGUCUACGCUAGACGAACCGAGCACGAGCGAAGCACAAGCGGAGCCGUUCUCGGCUUAUCGUUCGCGGCGUCAAGUGUGGACGUACAACGAACCUACAACGAUCACUAGCAAAUCCCUUUAUGUUCGUCUAAAACCGACAACAGGCGGAUCGCAGCCGAGCACGAACGAAAUGCUCGCAGCGCGCUCGUUAGAGGCUUGUAAGUUGGUCCACACUAGACGAAUUGUGUUCGGAUCGUGCUCCGCUCGUGCUCGGCUCUCCUAGCAUAGACGCAGCUCAACACUUAAUACAUAAAAACGAAUUGUACGAAUGUAUUGUAAACGUUGGAAAGCCAAGUCUCGAAGGUGUAAUUGUUGAGUGUUCAAAUGUAUAGUAGUACCUAAGUACCUAAUGUCAUUGCGAAUUUGAAGAAGUUGUAUAUAUUUGCAGAGCGCAUUUGUAAAGGCAGGCCUGACUGUAAAGGACUGGUUACCCGCUGUUACUCACUUUAGUAAAGAGUUUUGUAAAUAAUAAAAUAGCAUGUGUUAGUAACAUUCGACAUUUAGUAGUGAAACAUGUGUUUUUCAGAUUUCUUUGGUAGCAAAUCUGAAAUAACAAAAUUCACCCCAAUCGUGCUGUGUUUAUCU